AGAGGUUUUCUAUAGCGGUUUAGAAAUAGCGAGAAUUCGAAAUUAAAGAGCGGUUUGUUUAAAAAAACAAAUUAAACGACGGAGCACCUGUCGGGCCACAUCUGCGGAAAAAAGCCGAAGCCAGGGGAGGAGUGAAUGCAAAGCAAAUUAAAAAAUGAGCGGGGCGAGUUUGUGCAAUCUGCUGGCAGAAUUAGGGUUUGCAGACUACGAACAUCUCGAUCCCGAUUCUUUCGAAUGGCCGUUUCAAUACGAAGAAGCGCACCCCAUCCUUCACUGGCUCUGCUCCAAUCUCCGCCCUUCUAACGUUCUCUCGCCUCUCGAGGUCGCCCAGUAUGAAGAACUUCUGGCUGAAGGAAAGUUGUUGGAGGGAGAGGAUCUGGAUUUCGCUUAUGAAAGUAUUUCUGCAUUCUCAAGCAGGAGAAGCAAUCAGGAAGCUGUUUUGGGGACAGAGGAAUCUUUGACAGAAAUCAGGGAAGCGACGACAGCAUAUAGAGCAGAAGCUUUAGAAUUGCAAAAACGAUUGAGGCGUUUGCAGAAUCAGUUUGAUUUGCUCAGUGGUCAAGCUUCAGCUUUGAUUCAAGGAAGACGAGCACGGGUGGCAGCAACAUCUUCAACAAAUGGACAACUGCUAUUUGUAGAUGAAAAACUUGCUAGCAGGAAUAUGGAGAUGAAUGCAGUUAUGGAAAAGAUUGCUUCAUCUGCCCGGGAAUUGGCUCAUUAUCAUUCUGGGGAAGAGGAGGGCAUAUACCUAUCAUAUGCUGAUUUUCAUCCUUAUACAAUGCAAGAUUUGGCCUGCACUAAGGAGCUAAAUCAGUGGUUUGUUAAACAAUUUGAUGUGGGUCCAUCACGCCUUGUUGCAGAGGAGGGUAAAUCCAAGUGCUCAUGGGUGAGUCUUGAUGAUGUUACAAAUUGCUUCAUCCGAGGAGAUUCAGAAAAAUCUUACCAUCAUCGAGUUGUUGAACUUCAACGCCUUCGGUCCAUUUUUGGAAUCAGUGAGAGACAGUGGGUGGAAGCGCAAGUUGAGUAUGCCAAACAACAGGCAAUUCUUGCAAAGGCAAAACUGCAAGUAUCAGCUGAUGAGGCUCAUGUUCACCUUGAUUUGCAAUCUCUGAGGCGAAGGAAUGCAGAAAUUGCUGGGGAGCUGAGUACUCUUUCUCAGGAAGAAGAGAAAUUACUUUACCAGGUAAUACCAAAGAUUUGUAUGGACCUUGCUGAGCUUCAGGAUACUUAUAUUUUGCAAGGUGAUUAUGACCUCAAGGUUAUGCGGCAAGAGUAUUACAUCUCACAACAGAAGCGGUUCAUUACACACUUGGUUAAUCAGCUGGCUCGACAUCAGUUUUUGCAAAUUGCAUGCCAGUUAGAAAGAAAGACUAUGAAUGGAGCUUAUGAAUUACUUAGAGUUAUAGAAUCUGAGCUACAAGGCUUUGUACAGGCAACUUCGGGGCGAGUGGAGCGGUGCCUAUCUUUAAUUGAAGCUGGAUCUGAACCACAUGAACAAGGAGCAGUUGAUGACCGUGACACAUUGCUUCAUCGAAUAAGGGACCUCUUAAGCAUUCAUACAAAUAACCAAGGUGCAGCACCGAUGUACGUAUCAGCACCUGGCAUUGUUCAGCAAAUUGGUAGCCUCCAGUCCGACUUAAUGUCACUUCAGUUGGAUCUUGAAAAUUCCCUAGCAGAGGAUAAAAGCAAAUGCAUUAAUGAGUUGUGUACUAUUAUAAGAAGAAUGCAACGGCUUCUAUUUGCAUCCUCCACUACUGCACAGCCAAUAUUGACGCCUUGGCCUCUCAUGAGGGAGCUUUCUGAGAUGGAGAAAGUCAAUUCACAGCUCUCAACUGCCAUUGAAGAAGUUACACGUGAGCAUCGUGAAAAAGCUGAGAUAGUGAGGCAUCAUCCACAUGAAGUAGGGCGAGAGAGACAAGUCUUUGUAGACUUCUUCUGUAAUCCUGAUCGCCUUAGAAACCAUGUUAGAGAGCUGACUGCAAGAAUUAAUUCUCGGCAAACUGUAUAGGUGAAGCUGUUGCAGGUGCAAUAUUCUUUGCUUAUGCAAAAGGUUUAUGUCUCGUCGACCUAGUAGUUUCUGUGAUCCUAGUUUCUCAAAAGGACUUAAUGAACAAGUCAGUCGGAGAAUGAUGUCUGGAGUGCAACUCGAGCAUAGCUCAUUGUGUAAGCAUAUGGAAUGUAAGGAGAAUAAGGUAUUGCGAUUGAUAAUGUAGUGGGUUGCCAGUUGUAAUAUCAUGGUAUUCUUUAUUUUGAUAAGGCAUUGGCUGAUAUUUUGGAGGAGAAUUCCUGAUCUCCUCAUUUUGUUCGGUAUAUUUAUCUUAUAUAAAGAAAUUCAUGGCAGAAUGUAAAUAUUUUAUUCA